UUGUACUAUUGCUGCUGUGCAAGGUUAAUCCCACGUACGAGAAUCCUGUCAGGGACAAGCAUCGGGAUAUGGGAACAAAGAGGGAAGUUUUCCAUAAGUUUCAACUGCUGAAGUCAGAAGUGUGCCAAAAUCCAGAGAAAAAUACAGAGUGUCAAGGACAUAAUUUUCUUUUUGAGCAAAAGUUAAAAUUUUGCAAUUACACGUGUGGAUCUUCAGAGAUGGUUAAAUGCAUGAACAGCCCUUAUGGGAUGGUGUUUUUCUGCAUUCCCAAUGGGACAAGUUGCCCAAAAGGUAUUGGGUGGCAAUUUGAAAGUAUUGAUGGCAAUGGUAUGGUCAUGAUAAAAGAAAGUAUUUGUCCAGAAGGCUACUACCAAGUUGAACCAUCUAAAUGUCACAAUGCCUGUAGGACCAAGCAUGAAUUACUGGAAAUGAUUCCAGAAGGGUUUAAAGUCGUGUUAAAAGGAAACCAUAUCCGUCAAACUCUGCUGAUGUGUGACUACAAAGCAGGAUACUUUAAUGCUGACAACAAAUCAUUUGUCAAUUAUGAUGACAAUUUUUUAGGUCAUCUUGAUUUCUGCACACAUAUCAACCACUCUAACCCUUGCUCCAGUGGACAAAUGCCCUUAUACAAUGGGACCUGUGUGGAACCAUGUAGACCAGGGUAUGAAAGAGACGAAACUGACUUCUUAUGUAAACAAGUUGGUUAUGUUGUGACAUCUGACAAAGAUACUCAGUUGGGACAACCUACGACUUCAAGACCUACUGUGAAACCAGAAGAACCUAAAACAACAACGACAGAUAAUGGUCAUGAAGAUGACAAAGAUAAAGGCAGAGGGAUAAAUGGAAAAUCUGAAAAUUCUAAUGCAUUACCUUGGUACAUGUAUUUAAUAAUAGCUUUGGUAAUUGUUGGUGCAGGUAUAGCCAUUAUUGCAUUGGUCAUCAAAAUAUGUUGCCCACAGAGAUGUCAAGCUGACCAAGAAAGUGUAUGUGUGGAAUCAAUUUAUCUGUGUAGUAAUACCAAAUUUUGAAAUCUGGCAUUUGAUGAGUCAGCCUGGGAGAAACUGGAAACACAUUGUGAGAGGUACCUUCUGUGAAAAAAGUGCAACUUUGUGACAUGAUAAUUAUGCCUGCCUGACGGUAUAUCCCUGAGCAGCAUACAGCUUAUUACUGCAUAAAAGAAACAUUAUCAAGAUAAUUUUGAAUCAGAUUGUGUGCUGGAAAAAUGGCCUUACAUUCAAAGGAGUGAAAUUUGGAGAGUCAUUCGCCAUUUACUUAAGCCAUCCUGGAAUAUGAAAAAAUAAGACUGCAUUGACAACAUCCUGAUCCUCGUGUUCAGAUCUUUUGUGAUUUCUUGUGAAGAGUCUUUGAUUUUUCAUAAAAAUAAAAAAUAUAUUAAUAUAA